UCUCCACAGUCGCUUAAUGGCGUCCUCACAAACGGCAUCCCAACCACGGCUGUCCAUCACGCCUCGUGUUAACUGCGUUGUAAUAUCCCUUUAACGUCACGCCGCAGAAUCACGUGAGUGUGCGUCACGUGAUUAUUAAAUUGCGAGUGAAAAAUAGCAACGGGCACCCCUGCUUUGUUUGUGAAAACACGACCCUAUAUGUGAGUAGUUGGGCUAAGCGUAUCAAACCUGCCAGGCUGUAAGAGGAGUAUGCUGCACUGUGCCUUUUCUUCAUAACGACUGAGCUCAUCGUGCCUGCUGAUCACCUGCUGAUCACCUGCUGAUCAUGACUCUGCAGAUGGGGAUCCUGUGUCUUCUGGCUCUGCUGGGCCUGAGCACGGCGUUGGUCUGUCCUGACGGCGGCAUGUGCGAGGACAAAAACACCUGCUGCAAGAACAUUGAGGGAGGAUACGGCUGCUGUCCGCUACCUCACGCCGAGUGUUGUUCAGACCACCUCCACUGCUGCUACGAGGGGACGGUGUGUGAUCUCGUCCACGCCAAAUGUGUCAACAAGACCGUUUCCCUGCCUUGGAUGAGACGAGUUCCUGCCAAACAGGCCCUGCUCGUCCCUCUGCUCGGCGAGAGAGUGAAGGCAGUCAUUUGUCCGGAUCAGGAGUCCGAGUGUCCGGAUGACACCACUUGCUGCCAGCUUCUGGACGGCUCCUGGGGCUGCUGUCCAUUAGCCAAGGCGGUGUGUUGUGAGGAUAAGCUCCACUGUUGCCCCGAGGGAACAAAGUGUGAUAUUGCUCACACAAGAUGUGUUUCUGCAUCACUGCAGUUCUUCCCCAUGUUAAAGAAACUGCCCGCCAGUCUUCAUGUUUCUGCAGCUUCGACGGCUGCGUCAGUGGCUUGUCCUGAUGGAAGAACCAGCUGCCCAGACAGCUUCACAUGUUGCCAGCUAACCAGUGGAGACUACGGCUGCUGUCCUUACUCUGAGGCCAUGUGCUGCAGCGAUCACAUCCACUGUUGCCCCGCCAAUACAGUAUGUGACCUGGAGCACGAAGUCUGCCGGUCCGGAGAGACGCGUGUGUCGCUGCUGAAGAGGAUUGCCACUGCAGUCGAUGACGUUGAAUGUCCAGACAAGAAGUCCGCCUGUCCCGACCAGAGCACAUGCUGCCAGAUGGCCAACGGCACAUAUGGCUGCUGUCCGAUGCCUGAUGCCGUCUGUUGUUCAGAUCACGCCCACUGCUGUCCUGCAGGCACCCAGUGCGACUUGGCCCACAGCACCUGUGUGUCAGCCCAGCGAGAGACCAGCGUGACCAUCGGUGCUGUUCCCUGCAACGACUCUGUGGCCUGCGCUGAGGGAAACACCUGCUGUAAAUCCAAAGAGGGAGAAUGGGCCUGUUGUCCACUCCUAAAGGCUGUGUGUUGUGAGGACCACCUGCACUGCUGUCCACAUGGCACCGUUUGUAACCUGGCAGCCUCCACGUGUGAUGACCCCACGGGCAGCGCCGUGAUGUCCUGGAUGAGCAAAACUCCUGCCUUCCCCUUACUGACUGACAACAGCAGGUGUGACAAAUCCACAUCGUGUCCUGGGAAGUCCACCUGCUGUAAGACGGCGAGCGGAGAGUGGGCCUGCUGUCCCCUGCCUCAGGCUGUGUGCUGCGACGAUCACGUCCACUGCUGUCCUCACAGCACAGUGUGCAACCUGGAGGCGGAAACUUGUGACGACCCGUCGGGGUUCCUGCCGCCCCUCCGCUGGGUGGCCAAGGUGUCGGCUCUGACCUGGGAGGUGCACGGGCAGAAAUGCGACAAGCAGACGAUGUGUCCCGGCGGCACCACCUGCUGUAAGAAGGAGUCCGGACUGUGGGCCUGCUGCCCCUUACCUCAGGCCGUGUGCUGUAACGAUCACGAGCACUGCUGCCCCAAAGGCUACAGAUGUAACGUGGCUGAACAGACCUGCGACAGGCCUGGCGGCCUCAGCCUGCCCUGGCUGCAGAAGGAGCCCGGUCUGGCCGUUUCCCGUCCGACUCAUCCGUCCGGGAACAUGUGUGACGCCCAGACCAGCUGCCCCAAGGACACAACCUGCUGCUUCAUGCACAGGACCCACAGGUGGGGCUGCUGCCCCCUGCCGGAGGCAGUCUGUUGUCAAGAUGGAGACCACUGCUGCCCCGGCGGGCACAGCUGCGAUCCUCAGCGGUCCUCGUGCUCGAAGGGACCCCACGUCAUACCGUGGUUCACCAAAGUGAGCGCCCUGACCCGGCCAGGCGCCGUCACGGACGUUAAAUGUGACGACAAGAGCAGCUGCGCUUCAGGGACGACCUGCUGCAAGCUGCCGACAGGAGAGUGGGGCUGCUGCCCUCUGGUCAAGGCGGUUUGCUGUGAGGAUCAUGAGCACUGCUGUCCUCAGGGCUACGCCUGCAACAUGCACACGGGAACAUGUGAGAAGAAGAACCGCGACGCGCUCGUCCAAACCCUCCCUCAGAUCAGAGUGGUACGCUCUGAGGCCACAGGCGCCGGUGACGACGUGGGCGUACCAUGUGACAGCACGGGGGGGUUUCGCUGCUCCGAGCGACACACGUGCUGUCGGGCCUCAGCCACAGAGUGGGCCUGCUGCCCCUCGCCCGCGGCUGUCUGCUGCUCGGACUCGAAGCGCUGCUGUCCUGCGGGACACACCUGCGACCUGACGUCUGGAGGCUGCACUCUGCAGAACCAGCUCACCUGGGACACUUUGUUUGGGGACAGAAAGAAAGUCCAACGUGGGCUUUAAUCCCGCCGAGGUGCACUGAUCGUCCUGCAUCCUUAACAUCCAUCUACGGCUCUUGUUGUCUAUGGACGACGAGGGCUUUUCUCCACUUCCUGUUUGUUUUGUCGUUCACGGAGGCGUGUGUUUGCCAGGUGUCUGCACUCCUGAGUGUUUUAUGUGGAUGAGACUUGAUUCAUCUCUCAUCAUAAUGAAGUAGAAGCACUUUGCUAGGAAGGAAUUAUUUCAACAUGUGUUAACCUUGAAGUGUCUUGUAGUGUUUUGUUCUCAGGCAUAAAAUAAUUCAUCAUCA